ACGAAAACCCUCCUCCCCCGCUUUGCCCCCAAACCCCAGUCACCAGCUACCAAUGGCGGCCACCGCGAUGGACCACGACGGCGGUGGGGGCGACGUGGUCACACCAGGGGAGCUCCUCGGCAACUCCUUAACUCUCGCGGCCGGACGCGGCGCCUACGCCGACGGCCGCUCCGUGCGCGCGUCGGUCACCGGGCGCCGCCGCAUCGUGCCGCCCGCACCUGGCUCCGACGACCAGAGAUCCACGGUGGAGGUGGUGGGGCACAAGGCCCAUGGAGCUGUGCCGCAGCCGGGAAGUGUCGUCAUCGCCCGAGUAACAAAGGUUAUGGCUAGAAUGGCCUCUGCAGAUAUCAUGUGUGUUGACUCAAAGGCUAUCAAAGAAAAGUUCACUGGCAUGAUAAGGCAGCAAGAUGUUCGUGCAACUGAAAUUGACAAGGUUGAUAUGUACCAGUCAUAUCGGCCUGGGGACAUUGUUAAAGCUAUGGUUCUUUCCCUUGGUGAUGCAAGGGCAUAUUACCUUUCCACGGCGAAGAAUGAACUUGGAGUCGUUUCAGCACAAAGUAUAGCUGGUGGCACAUUGGUCCCAAUCAGUUGGACUGAGAUGCAAUGUGACUUGACUGGUCAAAUUGAGCAAAGGAAAGUUGCGAAGGUGGAAUAGAUGUGCUGGCCUUCCUGACAAAUGGUGGUGAUGGUGUACAAAAUGUGGACCAGUGACACCAGGUCCUUGGGCGUACUACUGAUUCUUCGAUGUCCAACUUCAUUACAGCUGAUUGAGCAUGAUUUUAAAAACCCGGGCUGAAUUUAACUAGACAGUUCACAAUGAAUCAUAGACAUGGAUCCUGUAAUCCAACAACCUUGUGAUCUGAAUCAUCGCCUUGGGUCCUGUAAUCCAACAACCUUGUGAUUUGUAACUCGUGAGCUAAUGACAUUACAGUUUUGCCCCUGAGUUAUAAGUUUUGUUUGGUCGUUGUUGAGA